AUGAAACCCAUGCAGGUUUGUUUCCCUUUCUGGUUUUCACAAGUUUCUGAGUUAUCAAAGAUUGCAUUUUAGAUAAAUUAAGUUAAGAUUGUGAGGCUAAAACAGAUGCCACCAGUUGUGAGAGGUAAAACAGAGAGAGGAUAUGUUGGGUCUUGAAGGACUCUUCGCAGAAGAGGGGGAACAGUUCGAGUCGGCACUUCAUCAGUCAAAACCCGGAUUGCCUCAGCCACCAUCAAAACGAGCAAAAUGUGGAUUGUGUGGCAUCAGCAACCAAGGCGCCACGUGUUACCUAAAUUCUCUGUUACAGACACUAUUUUUUACAACCGAGUUCAGAGAUGCAUUGUUUAGCCUUGGUGAAAAUGAGUUGGGUAGUCUUGCCAAAAGAAGUCCAGGUGUAAAGGUACGGGUGAUACCUCUACAUCUACAGAAGUUAUUCGCUCGGCUUCUGAUGUCAGACAGACAGAGUGUGUCCACUACAGAACUGACCGAUAGUUUUGGUUGGACAAAUAAUGAGGUAAUAUAA